AUGGCUCCCGCCUUACAAGCAGUCACGCCGCACAGCUCGACCUUGGCUACCGCCCUGCCAGCAAAGACCCCACACAGCUCGCCCGCCCUGCCAGCAAAGACACCGCACAGCUCGCCGGACGAAGAGAUGCCAGCCAGCCCGUUAAUCUUUGGCGGCAACGACAAGGGCGACAACGACGACGACGACGACGGCGUGUGGGUGGACGAAGAGGACUUCUUCGACAAUCUCGACACGUCUCGCCUCAACGCCGACACCAUCGCCGUCUUACAAGACAAGCCCUGGCGCAGCGAGGUGGUCCCUGAGAGCGUUCAACUGGACGCCUACAUGUCGCUCUUGGCUCCCGAGAGUAUGAAGGUGGCACUACGGUGGGCCAAUCGGAACCACUCUUCCGAGGCUUGCGUCGACCCUCGCCGCUACAACUUUGUCUUGCACAGAUUGUGUCGCUCGCCGUCGUGCGGGGUCAAAAAGGCAGAGGCGCAGGCCAGCGCUCAAGCUCACGUCAAUUCCGGUCGCUUUGUCCUCCCCUUGGCAAGGCCCUUCGUCCCGCCCUCUGUGCCAACGAACCGGACGGAGCAGGAGAUCCAGGACCUAUAUUGGCUCGAGCGCACCUUUGAGGUGUUUAUCGUGGUCAUUUGCGGGGUCCGACUGGCAGCCAUGCUUCUCUUCGCCCAGUUCCACGGCAGGCAGGCUGUCCUUACGGACCCUUACCCACGUGGAGCGCCUGGGUUCGAGAGGAACGACGAGCAGGCGACGGCUGGCGAGGCAGGGGAGGGAGGGGAGGCGGGCUCGGUGAGCUCGGGGGCUGGGAGGAGGGAGAGGCAGAGGUCGAAGAGCCUCACGGGAGGGGCGCAUGACUGA